AUGUCGUCACGCAAACGAUCCCUCCAAGCCGUCGAUGGCGACUCUGGCGACUCGGAGCCAUCUCUGCUGCAUCGAAUCCGAAACAUGUGGCAGUUCGCAAACCUAUGCCAGUGGAUCUACACCUUCGGCAAGGCUGCCAAAAUCCCAGACUCCAUUGACAUUGAGGAAAUCGAAGUCGAGUGCCUCAAACCGAUCUCGCCCAUGCUAGGGGACAUUGCCCUUGCGCUUCUCAAACUCGUAUCGUCGCAUCGCGGCUUGACCCACGAUAUUUUUGAUGACCAAGCACGCAAGCAGUUCCUGGCCAAAGCGCCGAGUGACAACCCGUUUGGUGACGACGAAGUGCCUGCCAAGUUCAGCGAUUUCGAUGUCUUGACCAAGAUUCGGGUUUUACAGCAGUUAACACAGUGGACGAUGAUCCACCCCGAACGCAUCCGGGACAAGAUGGAGGAGCAAAAGGACACUGAGCAAACGAACUGGCGAAUCGAGCCGUACGGAUGGGACGCCGAUGACCGAACGUACUAUGUCCUGGACGACAACAGAGUGUAUCGCUUGACGGAGGCUCCUCCCUCCGCUCCGACAACGAAGCCAAAGAAGUCGAAAACAUACCGUGGCGGGCGUCGAUCAAGCAAAAGACGGAGAACAACCAUUUCUACCGAAGAUGAACUAGCCGAUACGGACAAUGGAGCGAACAGAGAACAAGAAGAAGAUGACAGCCUCGGGGGCAUGACCUGGGAGUGUGUUGCCGUCACAUUGGCUGAUGUGCGAUCCGUUGUUGACGGAUUCCGGAAAACUCGAGAUGAGAACGAAAAGAUCCUGAGAAGCCAGUUGGAAGAUCACCUCGUGCCCAUUCUGGAAAAACAAGAGGAUGGCCGGAAACGGAAAGAUUUACAGCGUGAACGCGAACUGGCCAACCUUGCCAAGAUGGCCAACGCCAAACGAUCAAGCCGCAUUGCCGGGAAGAUCGAGCAACAGAAACAAGAAGAACGUGCCAAGGACGAAGAAAAAAGCCGCCGACAGGCCGAGGUAGCAAAACGACGCGAAGAAGCGACGAAUCUCAAAAUGGAGAGGGAGCGGGAUACUAGAUUGAUAUCGCGAGAAAAGCGCCAGCAAGAACGCGAUGCCCGCCGUCGUCAGCAUGAGGACGAGCUUGCGCAAUUGUCGGAGGAUGGCAAAAGCAUGACAGCCAGCGAUGGACGCAUAUCAGAGCGUCGCCUCCAGGCGGAGAUUGAGAGAAACAAGCUAGCUCUAAAGGAGCUCGAACAAGAAGAAGAGGACUGGGUUUUCGACUGUCUCUGUGGCCUGUACGGACAGGUCGACGACGGAACACAUAGCGUCGCGUGCGAGAAAUGCAACAUCUGGCAGCAUAGCAAGUGUCUGGGAAUCACCGAAGCAGAGGCUGAACGCCCGGAGUUCCAAUUUGUAUGCGGAUCUUGCACUCGCCACGAGGAGGCCAAGGCUCGUCCCAGGACAACUAUCAAGUUGAAAGUCACCCACCCACACAGCCCGCGCGGACAAGGUCAACCAGCUCAGCAAUCAAGCAACACUCCCGCGCCUAAAGCUGUCAAAAUCUCUCCCAAAAGCUCGGUACCUGCCGGUGGGAUCAACGGCCAGGCGUUGAAUGAUGCAUCAAUGGCGUCUAGCUCGGCCAACGGUUCCAUUCUCGAUGGCGUUGCCCCGUCACCCAACUCGAUGUUGGGCACCCCUCAACCAGUCCUGAGUACUCCCCGGGCAAUUCCGAUUAUUCCGGCGCCUAUCAAGUUGGAUGCAGGCGAGACUGAUCGACAGCAUCAGGCUGGCAACCCGCAGCAAAGCGCUACUGCUGCUUCUCCAACGGCAUCUGUGAGAACUGCUAGUCCAUCUAGCAGCUUUCAGAGCCUCUCAGGUGGCCGAUCAUUUGAGUCUGCACUAAGUACGCCCAAAAUCAGCCGCGAUAUUUAUCGUGCCGCGUACGUGCAGAACGGCACCCUUCCUGCCCAAGCUGGCAUCUCGCCUACAAAACACUCACCGCUGCGACCGACAGACCCAGGCAGUGCAAACAAAAUCAGCGUCGCAACUCCGAUUCUUCCCCCGGUUGCGAGUCUCUCCCCGUCUCCCAGGCCCCAGGUAUUGACACCACCAUCGAAACCAUCAGAGCCGCCGCGACGCUCCGGGAGUCCCUCUGCCAAGCCUUGA